CAGCAUCCUAUCUCAGUGUUUACCGCAAGAUCGCCACGCGCGAACGCUAUAAUGUUUUUCGAGAGUUUAUUUUUAAACGUAUCAAUACUUGGUGCUCUUAUUAUUGCAUUAUUAUUUGACUAUGUCACCAAAUUCUUCAGCUACUGGUACGUUCGACACGUUCCGUACAAAACACCUGUCCCACUGUUCGGAAGUGAUUACCAUCGGGUGCUAGGAAUCCGGAACAGGUCUGAAGAAGUAAAUAACUUAUACUCAAGUUAUGCUAAAGAAAAGUAUGUUGGUUGCAUCAAAAGUCGAAUACCAGAUUUGAUUGUAAAAGACCCAAAUUCAAUAAAGAAGAUUCUGUCGACGGAUUUCUCGAAUUUCCAUUGCCGAGGCUACGGACUGGACGGAUCUCAGGAUGUUUGUAUUCGAAACAAUUUGUUUUACUCUGAAGGUGAAAAGUGGACUCUAUUGCGUGGAAGAAUGGAGCUAUUAUUGAACAACAUGGAUCUUGAUAUCCAAGACAGCUUACAUGAAUGUUUGUCAGGAACCAAUGGAGAUACAAACGUUCAACAAUUAUUGUCUGAAAUAUUGGAUGUUGUGUUUAAAGAUUUGCUUAUCGAUAAUAAAUUAGAUGGAUCCGUUGUAAGGAACACAAGGGAAUUAUUACAAAAGAGAACCUUGUUUGAGAAGCUUAAGAGCUAUUUAAAAGACGUAUUACCUUCAGUCUAUGUGAUGUUUGGAUUAAACGUUUUAUCGGAGCAAUACUUCAGCAAAUUUGCUCAGGUUCUUGAAGAAUCGAAGUUAAUGAAAGAUAUUAAAAAGUCAGAGACUAUUUUCCAGGAUGAAAAUGAUAACGCAAAAAAAUUUAAACUAUCUGAAUACGAUCUUAUUACUUCAUAUUUAGCUGUAUUUAUUGGAGAAGGGUAUAUUCCUUGCCACUAUGUCUUAACGGGAUUGCUAUAUGAAUUAGCAAAAAAUCCAGAAUUGCAGGAAAAUGCAAGAAAGUGUUUAAACAAUCGAACCGAAGGAGAUUGUUUAAGUCAUACCAUUAAGGAGGUUUUGCGUCUCUAUCCUCCUUACUCCGUAAUUACCAGAAAAUGUGUUAAGACAUAUCAGUUCUCUGAUAAAGAUUUCUCAAUAGAUAAAGGGAUUACAAUUACAAUACCAGUUGAGUUAUUACAAAGAGAUGAAGCUUAUUACAAAGAUGCAAAUGAAUUUAAUCCGAAACGCUUUGAAUUAAACAAUGGCAUGUCUGAUAAUAGUUACUUGCCCUUUGGCGCUGGUCCUAGAAAAUGUGUUGGACAGCAACUCGCGUUGCGUAUCAUAGAUGCCGUUGUUACCGUCAUUUUGAAGACGUUCAUCAUAGAGCCGUGUGAAACACUUCCGGAUCUAAUAAUCACUGAUUAUAAUUUUAAAAGAUUUAUUGAUAAUAACGUUUCGUUGAAAUUCAAACCAAUUUCAUAGACUGAAAUAUUUUUUAAGUAUUUAAAUUAAUGAUAAUUAUUUUUAUAAGAUAGAGACGGCGUCAAUGGGUUAUAAGGGAAUGUAUUCAGAAAUAAAUAUUUAUUUUUAUUUAAGUUGCAAUAACUUAUUCUUGUAUACUUUUUAAAUAAAUGAUGUAGACGAUUUUUUUAUAAAUUCAUUUUAAGAAAAUAGACGAGCCAAUGAGUCACUCAAUAGUUUCAGUAUUGAUAACCUCUAUAUAAGGCCAUCGGCGGAGGUUAUCAAUACUCAAGCUGUUAGAGACUUUACUUCUUGAUAUACCAGCGACUGUUCGCUGUAAUAUCAAGAAGUACUGUUUCAAAAAUUUCACCAUAAAUGCGAUUGACACACUUAAAGACUCUAACAUUUAAGAACUAAUUAUAAAAUGGCCCACGUGAGACAGUAAGCCCAGCAAAGAGUAUAUAAUCACUGGAUGUGUAGCUAAUGAGCAAACUAUGAAGUCCGUACCAAGAUUGGCUUGAUCAUAUUAAAAAAAAAAAAACUUUCUGCAAUAAUACUUAAAGUGGCAUUGAUUUUUUAUAAGUCUUAACGCGACACCAUUUAGCGAUGUGAAAGUCGCAGGUACGAUCUUGAACCCUUGGGCUAUUGUUGUAUGUACCAAGUUGCACUAUUGGUAUAACCUUGGAAAUGUUAUUUGAAUAUUCUUAUAUUGAAAUAAAUUAUGAUUAAAUACGGUUAUUAUUAUUUUUUAAAUAUUUUUGUAAUAUUAUAUCGAGUGAGGCUUUAAUUUAAAUUUGGCUUUUGAAACAGUAUGUUCCAAAAUAAUUAAGAACAUUUCCACUUAAGAAGAAGGCUUGGAGUCACGACGAAGGUACUCCAGUGUGGGUUGAAUUCCCAUGUGGCAGAACUUCAACCGACAUACCUUGUCAAACACGAGAACAUCUAUAACGAAUGAUGAGCAUCAAUUGAAUUUCACAUAUAUUAAUUUACCUCUUCCUUAGACGACUAUAGUUUUAAUUAUUUUAUGCACCUUUUAUUUUAUUGUAUUAAUAUAUAUCGUAACUAAAAAGAGCGAACAAUCGCUCAAGUAUGGGGUUACAAGUUGAUAGCAAGCUCUAGUGUUGACUAUCAUCUCUGUAAUUAGGAAAAUAUAAAUAUUACAGACCAUACUAUUUAUUUCUACAGAUUCUUGCAAUUUGCCAGUUCCGUUGAAAAUGAUAAUUAAACAAACUGAAUUUCACGGUGUGAUAAAUAAAAAAUAUUAUAUUAAGAGUUUUUUUAGAAAUAAAAAAAACACCUUUCAUGGCUACAUAUGAGUAUAUUUUGUCGUAAAGCUUGAUAAUGGGUUCUCUCUGUGAUCCAAAUAUCGUAGGCUCACCAUAAUUUGUUUAAGGCAAUCCCGGAUCGAGAUUGCGGGAUAAGGAAGGCACGAUAUUGAGGAUUUGUCGCCAUGUUAUCUCCUGAUUCUUCGAUGAAUAUAUUUUAAUGUAUGUUUAUUGAUAUGAAUAUCGAUUUUGUGAUCAGAAGAAAGCAAUUUUGUAAAAACCUUUAUAUAUUUUUGUUACUAGGUUAAAAUACAGUUUUUAAAAGUU